CGACGCUCCCGCGUCCCCUCUGUAGACGCCUGGUCCCCGCACCCCUGCCGGAGGAGGGGGCAGCACCGGCGCCCGGCACUGCCGCGGGUGGGGGACACACUUCGGCGGAACGGAAAACCAGAAUUGUUCCACGGGCCAGUCCACCGAGGUUCGUGACGGUAGGGGCGAGGCUCGGGGCAGGACUUUCACAGCUCCUGAGAGAGGCGGGCGGUUCUCCCGGCAGUCCCGAGCCUUCCGUGACCCCGGCAGACCUUCCUCCCCAAGUCCGUGCACUCCGGCUCUAGCUUCGAGAGCAGAGGCCCUCGCCAUUUAUCUCAAGAAGUGAAUAGAAGUAGGACCCGACAUGGGCGCUGUUCCUGCUUCCCAGUUCACGUGACCCUCUGAGGGCAGUGGAAAAGAAACAGGCGGAGGAGCUGAAGUCUGUAAGCCUUGGAGAGACCUUCAGCAGUAAUCUCUAAAAUCUAAAAUGACCACCCUGCCCCCGUUGCCCAUGACACGCCCAAAGCUUACAUCUUUAGCCAGGCAGAAGCUGCCGUGUUCCCCCAGAACAAUUCCAAGGUCUCGGUUGAUCAAAGAAAAAGAUGACAUAGAUCAUUACCUGGAGGAGAAUUUCAAAGGAUUGGCAAAAGAGGAGGUUGCUGCUUACCGGAACUCAUACAAGAAGAGCAUUUGUGUGGACAUGCUGCGAGAUGGUUAUCAUAAGUCCUUUACUGAGCUCUUUGCCCUGAUGGAGAAGUGGGAUGCCCUGCGGGAGACCGCGAAAGUUAGGUCCCUUUUGUGGUUGCAGAGACCGCUGGAAGAGCAGCCUGAUAAGCUGGAUCACUUCUACCACUACCUGACCAGGGCUGAGGCAGCUGAAAGGAAAGAAUACUUUGAAGGUGUCUAUAAUAACUUGUAUGCACUGGCCUGUUACUUCAAUAAUUCUGAAGACAAAUGGGUAAGGAACCACUUCUAUGAACGAUGUUUUAAGAUUGCUCAACUGAUCAAAAUUGACGGUGGGAAGAAAGAAGCCGAGGCACAUGCGCACAUGGGACUUCUCUUCGAGGAAGAUGGUCAGCUUCUGGAAGCUGCUGAGCAUUAUGAAGCAUUCCAUCAGUUGACGCAAGGGCGGAUAUGGAAGGACGAGACAGGCCGCUUUCUCAACUUGUUGGCCUGUGAGAGUCUCCUGAGGACAUACAGAUUACUCUCAGACAAAAUGCUGGAAAAUAAAGAAUACAAACAGGCCAUCAGAAUUCUAAUAAAAGCUUCUGAAAUAGCCAAAGAAGGAAGUGACAAAAGGAUGGAAGGAGAAGCUUCCUACUACUUGGGCUUAGCAUACCUAGCUGCUGAAGAGUAUGAAACGGCAUUAACAGUCCUUAACACUUGCAGUAAAAUCUCCACAGACCUGGAUGAUGAUCUCAGCCUGGGGAGAGCCUAUGAAGCAAUAGCCAAGGUCCUGCAGAGCCAAGGAGAGAUGAUAGAAGCAAUUAAAUACUUGAAAAAAGUUGUGAAAAUUGCAGGAAACAAUUUCCAAAGACUAGAUGUUGUGAAAGCAAGUACAAUGCUUGGGGAUAUCUACAAUGAAAAAGGAUACUACAAGAAAGCUUCACAAUACUUUCAGCAAGCUUUCAACACAACAGCAGAGCUUACAAACUUGAGUCAAACGGAUGAAACGAAAGUGCAUUAUGGAAUAGCAAAAGCUCAUCAGAUCAUGCAGAGGGUUAACAGUUAUAUCGAGUCUGAAGAUCUCACCAGCCUUGGCUACCUGCUGUCAUGGAAGGAGAAUCGAGGCAGCAUUGUAUGUGAUCCGACUAAUGGAGAACCUAGAAAAUGCACAGUGGAAAGUUUAAGUCAAGACCCAGAUAAUUUGGAAGAAGAAAAUAGUAGAUUUCCAGAUAAUCAAAAAAAUGAGACUUAAACCAGCUUUGGAUUCAUCAACAAAGCAAGAAGAGAUCUAUCAUGUCACCUUCAUCUUCAGUAACUGUAAUAGGAGUAUGUUACAAGUAAUACAGAUAAAAUUAUAAUAAAUCUAUGACUAUGUUUAGAUUGGAUUUUGUAUUGCAGUGUAUUACCACAAAUUUAAUCUAACUCAUCUAAAUUCAUGAAAAUAAUAAUACAUCUCAAAUGCUUAGAAAUAUCAACAAUUAUUCUUAGAACAAAUUGUAAAAUUUUCCUUUUAUCCACUAUUCCACAAGGAAGAGUGUUAUUAUAGAAUCAAAAUUUGGUUAUAUCUAAUGAGAAAAUCAUUUUAAACUUAAGGAAAUCUAUGCUGAAUAAAUACGGGAAAAAUAUUAAAAUUUCAGGAAGCUUUUUCAACAUAGAUGAAAGGACUAUAAGCAGUGAAGACCCUCAUAUUGUACCAUUUAAAAUAGUUUCUGGGGGUGCCUGGGUGGCUCAGUGAGUUAAGCCGCUGCCUUCGGCUCAGGUCAUGAUCUCGGGGUCCUGGGAUCGAGUCCCGCAUCGGGCUCUCUGCUCAGCGGGGAGCCUGCUUCCUCCUCUCUCUCUCUGCCUGCCUCUCUGCCUACUUGAGAUCUCUCUCUGUCAAAUAAAUAAAUUUAAAAAAAAUAAAAAAAUAAAAUAGUUUCCUUUACAGAGGUAAAGCAAACUACCUCUGGAAAGAAGACUUCUGUUUCCUCUACUCACACCACUUCUGACACCAAACACAUGAUAUUUUACACACCAAGCAAUUCUCCAGUUCUCAAUAGAUAGACUGGGUGUCUUACAAUUUAACUCAACUCUGACACUAACUGCCAGGAAUUAGCACAGAUCCCAGAUUAAGGGACCAUUUCACAAGACUGGUUCCCACCAUAAAUGCCAAUAAAUCCCAGAGUGUCACUUACACUCUGACUGACUUGGUUACAUACUGGGGAUUCCCACGACCCUCUUCCUUAACAUCAAAAAUUUGCUAUAUCAGCUCCCGGAACUCAGGGUAAGGUAUUUACAUUGCCAGUUUAUUAUGAAAAAUGCAAUACAAGAUAGAGAUAAGCAGCCAAGUAGAAGAGAUACAUUGGCAAGAUAUGGGAGAGGGGGUCCGAACUUCCAGGCCCUCCCUGGGUGCAUCACCCUCCCAGCACCUCUGUGCAUUCACCAACCCAGAAGCUCUCCAAAUCCUUUCAAAUCCUGGGGUUUGUAUGGAGACUUCACAAUAUAGAUAUGAUUGAUUAAUCACUGGCCAUUACUGAUUAACUCUUCAAAGAUCAGAGGAUGGGGCUGAAAGUUUCAAUCCUCUAACCAUGUGGUAGGCUCCCCUGGCAACCAGACCCCACCCUUAAGGGCUUUCCAAAAGUCACCUCAUUAACAUAAACUCCAGUAUAAUUGAAAGAGUCUUGUUAUGAAUGACAAAAGAUGAUCCCUUCACCUUUAUCAUUCCAGACCUAUUUCAGGAACUGGGGACAAAAAACAAAAACAAAAACAAAAACAAAUAUUAUAACAAAAGAUGUUCCUUUGACCUUUAACUCUCUAGAGCUGUUUAUGGAACCAGGGACAAAACCCAAAUGUUAAUUUAUUGUGUUAUAUUAGGAGCUCCAUGCUAGGAAUCAGGGACAAAGACUAAAUAUUUAUUUCUUACAAUAUUACAUUAUACUGUGUAGAACUGUAUUUUAUGAUACUUUUAGCUGAUCAUAUAUAGUUGAACCUUGAACAACACAGGUCUGAACUGUGUAGAUCCACUUAUAUGUGCAUUUUAUAUAUAUAAAUAUAGUACAAUACUGUGUAUUUUGUCUUCCUUAUGAUUUUCUUAAUAUUUUCUUUUCUCCAGUUUAUUUUUUUCUAGCUUAAUUUCUCUAACUUACUUUAUAUAAUACAUAUAACAUACAAAAUAUGUUUUAAUCAACUGUUUAUGUUAUCAGUAAGGCCUCCAGUAAACAUUAGGCUAUUAGUAAUUAAGCUUUGGAGGAGUCAAAAUUAUAUGUGGAUUUUGAUUGGGGAGGGGAUUGGUGCUCCUAACCCCCACUUCGUUCAAGGAUCAACUAUAUAGUAAAAUAUGUCCAUGUCAAUUUUAAAAGAUUAAGAAAAUUCUUCAGUCUUAGGCCCCUCCCAUAAUGUGACUUACCAUAAUAAAUGAGCUGAAACCAAUGGUUUUCUAUACAAGAGCAAAAUCUCUGUGUUCCCCACCUCACAUUAUCUGAUCAGAUAGAACUAUAAGAUAGGUUCAAACAGAGGGGCUUGUAUAUCUAAUCUUGGGUUGGAGAAUGCCUUCCUAACUAAGAAAUUAACAGAAUUAACAAUAACUACAACCUACGUGAUUACAUUAAAAUAUUCAUACAGUGAAAAUGUCACUAAACAAAGUUAAAAGAUCAAUGACAGAAGAAUUUGCAACAACAAUAAAAAAAAAAACUAAUGCUCAUUAAAAAUAACUUAGGAAAAAAGAUUAAUAAAGAAGAAGAGGAGGAGGAAGAAGAGGGAAAGAAAAAGGCAAUCUAAUAAAUUAAAGGACAGAGCAUACCACUGGAGUUCACAUUUGUUUUCAGCUUAAAAUAAACUUACAUUUUAUGUAAGCCUAUGGUAACCACAAAGCAAAAGCCUAUAGUAGUUACACAGGACAUAAGGGAAUAUGAGCAUAACACUACAGAAAAUCAUCAAAUCACAAAGGAAGAGAGCAAGAGAAGAAGAAAGAAAUGAAAGAAUUAUAAGGCAGCCAGAAAACAAGUUUGAAAAUGGCAAAAAGUCCAAUCUAUCAAUACUUAUUUUAAGUGUAAAUGGACUAAAUACUCCAAUCAAAAGACAUUGAAUGGCUAAAUGGAUGAAAAACAAAACAAAACCCAACUAUAUAUCACCUAUAAGAGACUCUACUCAGCUUUAAGGAUACACAGGACUGCCAGUAAAGAGAUGAGAAAGAAUGUUACAUGAAAAUGGAAACCAAAAGAAAGCUAGGAUAGCUAUAUUUAUAUAAGACAAAAUAGACUCUAAGUCAAAGAAUGUAACAGGAGACAAAGAAACACAUUAUGUGAUAAUAAAGGGAACAAUCCAACAAGAGGGCAUAACAUUUGUAAAUAUUUAUGCACCCAACAUAGUAACACCUAAAUAUAGAAGGAAAAUAUUAACAGACCUAAAGGGAGAAAUAGACAGCAAUACAAUAAUACUAGGGAACUUUAAUACCCCCACUUUCAUCAAUAGAUAGAUCAUCAAGACAGAAAAUCAAUAAGGAAACAUUGGCCUUAAAUGACACAUUAGACCAGAUGAACAGACAUAUCCAGAACAUUUCAUCCAAAGGAAACAGAGUUACACAUGGAACAUUCUCUGGGAUAUAUCAUAUGUUAGGCCACAAAACACAUGUUUAAAAAUUUAAGGUGGAAAACAUAUUAAGCAUCUUUUCCACCCACAAUCGUAUAAAACCCAAGAUCAAUUACAAGAAGAAAGCUGGAAAAAUCACAAAUAUGAGGAGAGUAAACAACUUGCUACUGAACAACCAAUUGGUCAACAAAGAAAUCAAAGAAAUUUUAAAAAUACCUUGAGACUAUUGAAAAUGGAAACACAGCACACCAAAAUUUAAGGGAUGCAGCAAAAGCAGUUCUAAGAGGGAAGCUCAAAGUGAUAAAUGCCUGCAUUAAGAGGGGUGGAAAAAAGAUCUCAAACAACCUAACUCUAUACCUCAAGGAACUAAAAAAACAACAAAUGCAGCCCAAAGUUAGUAGAAAGAAGGAAAUAACAAAAAUCAGAACAGAAAUAAAUGAAAUAGAGACUGAAAAGACAAUAGAAAAGACCAAUGAAAAUAAGAGCUGGGGUUUUUUGAAAAAAUAAAAUAGACAAAACUUUAGCUGGACUCACCAAGAAAAAAAGGAAGAGGAUUCAAGUAAACAAAACCAGAAUUGAAAGAGUAAAUGUUACAACUGAAAACACAGAAAUACAAAGAGUUGUGAGACUGCUAUAAGCAGUUAUACACUAACAAACUAGACAAUCUAGAAAAAAAGGAGAAAUUACUAGAAACCUAAAACCUACCAAUACUGAAUCAUGAAAUAGAAAACCUGAAUAGACCAAUUACUAGUAAGGAGAUUGAAUCAGUUAGUAGAAACUCUCAACAAACAAAAGCCCAGGACUGAUGUCUUCACUGUUAAUUUCUACCAAAUAUUUUUAUUUUUUUCAUAUUAAGUAAUUAAUUUAUUUGUUUGUUUAUUUUCUCACCAAAUUUUUAUUUAAGUUCUAGUUAGUUGACAUACAGUGUAAUACUGAUUUCAGGAGUAGAAUUUAGUGAUUCAUCACUUACAUGCAGCACCUAGUUGUUCAUCAUAACAAGUGCCCUCCUAAUGCCCAUCACCCUUCUAACCCUACCCCAUCCACCUCUCUCCAUCAACCCUCAAUUUGCUCUUUAUCAUUAAGAGUUUUAUGGGCCCCUCGGUGGUUCAGUUGGGUAACCAUCUGCCUUUAGCUCAGAUCAUGAUCUAGAUCCUGAGAUUGAGCUCUUCUCAGGCUUCUUUCUCAACAGGGAGUCUGCUUCCCUCUUUCUUCCUCUCUCUCUCUCUCUUUCUAUCCCUCUCCACUGCUCAUUCUCUCUCUCUCUUAAAUACAUAAAAAAAAUUUUUAAAAAAGAGUCUCUUACGGUUUGCUUCCCUCUCUCAUUUUUCCUCUUCCCAUAUAUUCAUCUGUUUUGUUUCCUAAAUUCUACAUAUAAAUGAAAUCAUAUGGUAUUUGUCUUUCUCUGACUAAUUUAUUUUGCUGAGCAUAAUACACUCUAGUUCUAUCCAUGUCGUUGCAAAUGCCAAGACUUCAUUUUUUAUGGCUGAGUAAUAUUCCAUUAUAUACAUAUAUCACAUUUAUUCAUUCAUCAGUUGAAUACUUCUACCAAAUAUUUUUUAAAGAAUUAGGAUCAAUCCCUCUCAAACUCUUCCAAAAAAUACAAUGGGGAACAACGCAAAACUCCUUCUAUAAGGCCAGCAUUACACUGAUGUUAAAAACACUAGAAGAGAAGAAAAUUACAGACCAAUAUCCCUGAUGAACAUAGAUGUAAAAAUCCUCAACAAUGCAUUAGCAAACUGAACACAACAUAUUAAAAAGAUCAUAUACCAUGAUCAAGCAGGAUUUAUUCCAAGAAUGCAAAGAUGAUUCAAAAACUGAAAAUCUAUUACUGUGUUACAUCAUGUUAACAAAAUGAAGGGUAAAAAUCUUAUGAUCAUCUUAAUAGAUGCAGAAAAAGCACUUGAGAAAACUUAACAUCAAUAUAUAAUAAAAAUACUCAACAAAGUGAGUGUAAAUGGAAUAUACCACAACAUAACAAAGGCUAUAUAUGACACGCCCAUAGCAAGUAUCAUACUGAAAAACUAAAACCUUUUCCUCUAAGAUGAGGAAUAAGACAGGAUGCCCACUUUUAUUCAACGUAGUCCUAGCCCACAGCAACUAGUCAAGUAAAAGAAAGAAAAGGCAUUAGACAGGAAAGAGUAACACUUUCUAUUUGUAGUUUCUAUUUUCUAUUGCAAAAUACAUGAUUCUAUAUGUAGAAAGCCCAAAAGACUCCACUAAAUAACUCUCAGGACUAAUAAUAAAUUCAAUAAAGCUGCAGUAUAGGGUAUCAAUAUACAAAAGUCAGCUAUGUGUUUAUAAACUAAUAAUUAUCAGAAAGAGGAAUUAAGACAGUAUUUGCAUGGCAUCUAAAAGAACUGAAUACCUAGGAAUGAAUUUAAGCAAGGAGGUGAAAAACAUGUACACUGAAAACUAUAAGAUAUUGAUAAAAGAAACUGAAGAAGACACAAAUAAAUGGGUAGAUAAUUCUAUGCUCAAGGAUUAAAAGAAUUAAUAUUGUUAAAAUAUCCUUUUCCUCAAAGCAAUCUACAGAUUUAGUGCAGUCCCUAUCAAAAGUCCAAUGACAUUUUUCACAGAAAUAGAUAAACUAUCCUAAAAUUUCUAUAGAAUCACAAAGUCUCUGAAGCUAAAGUAUUCUUGAAGAACAAAGCUGGAAGCAUAGUACUUUCUGAUUUCAAAGUAUAUUACAAAAUUAUAGUAAAGUAGCAUAAUAGUGGCAUAAAAACAGAUCAAUAAAACAUAACAGAGAGCUCAGAAAUAAAACCAUGCAUAUAUGACCAAUUAAUUUACAACAAAGGAACCAAGAAUAUACAACAGGGAAAGGAUAGUCUUGUCUUUCUUUCUUUCUGUCUGUCUUUCUUUCUCUCUUCCUUUUCUUAGGAUGGUCUCUUCAAUAAAAGAUUUGAGAAAACUGGACAGUCAUAUGCAAAAGAAUGAAACUAGACCACUGUUUUACACCAACCACAAAAAUAAACUCCAAAUUUAUUAAAGAAUGUAAGACCUGAAAACAUAAUACUCCUAGAGGAAAACAUAGAUGGUAAGCUCUCUGACAUCAGUCUUGAAUGUGGUUUUGUAUUUGACGCCAAAAGCAAAGGCAAUAAAAGCAAAAUAAACAAGUGGGACUAUCUUAAACUAGAAAGCUUUUGUGCUGUAAAGGAAAGCAUUAACAAAAUGAUAAGACAACUUAAAUGGGAGGAAAAUAUUUACAUAUCAUUUACUUAAUAAGGGAUUAAUAUCUAAAAUAUAAUACCUCAUAGCAAAAACAAUUCAAUUUGAAAAGGAGCAGAGGAACUGAACAGACAUUUUUCCAAAGAAGACAUACAGAUGUCCAACAGGUACAUGAAAAGAUGCUCAACAUCACUAAUCAUCAGACAAAUGCAAAUCAAAACCACAUUGAGAUAUCACCUCACACCUGUUAGAAUGGCUAUUACCAAAAAAAAACAAGAGAUAAGUGUUGGUAAGGAUGUGGAGAAAAGAAAGAAAAUUGCUAUCUCAAAAGAUAUAUGCACCUCCAUGUUCAUUGCAGCAUUAUUUAUGAUAGCUAAGACAUCGAAACAACCUAAGUUUCCAUUGAUGGAUAAAUGUAUAAAGAAAUGUGAUAUAUAAGCAAAUAUAUAAUACGUGUGUGUGUGUGUGUGUCUCAUUCAUUCCAUGCACACAGACAAAAUUGAAUUUUAUUCGGCCAUCAAAAAGAAAGACAUUCUGCCAUUUGCAACAAUAGUGUUGGACCUUAAGGGCGUUAUGGUAAGUAAAAUAAAUCAGACAAACACUAUAUGAUCUCACUUAUAUCUGGAAUCAAAAAAACAAAAACUCAUAGAUACAGAGAAUAUAUUGGUAGUUGCCAGAGGCAGAGUGGGUAAUGUUCAAAAUGGGUGAAGGUGGUCAAAUGAUACAAAUGUCUAGUUAUAAAAUAAAUAAGGGGCACCUUGUUGGUUCAGUCAGUGGAGCACGCAACUCUUGAUCAUGGGGUUGUGAGUUCAAGCCCCAUGUUGGAUAUUUAAAAAUUAUUUUUUUUAAAAAUCUAAAUAAAUAUAAUAACAAAAUAAGUUCUGGGGAUUAAAUGUAAAACAUGGUGACUAUAGUUACCAAUGCUAUAUCAUAUAUUUGAAAGCUUCUAACAGAAUAGAUCUUAAAAGUUCUCAUCACAAGGGAUAAAACAAAUUUGUAACUGUGAGGUGAUGGAUGAUAACUUACUGCAGUAAUCAUUUUACAAUAUAUAUGUAUAUGUAUAUAUAUAUGAAUCAAAUCAUUGUGUCAUACACUUAAAACUGAUACAAUGUUAUAUGUCAAUGAUAUGUCAAUAAAAUUGGAAAAAAUUAAAAAGUUCUUUAAAAAGGAAAAUUAAAAGACAGAUCACAAGCUAGAAGAAAAUAUUUGCAAAAACCUAUCUGAUAAGGACUUGUGUAUAUAUGACUCUUAUAUGCAAAUAUAUAAAGACUCAUAACUCAAUAAGUCAAAGAAUGUAAAGUAAGUCACUGAGGAAAGAUUUGAAAAGAUAUUUCACCAAAGAAGACACAUAGAUAGCAAAUAAGCACAUGAAAAGUUCCUUAACACCAUUAGAGAAAUGCAAAUGAAAACCACAAUAUCACACUAAGUGCCUUAGAAAAUGGCUACAACUUAAAAGUCUGACAUUUCCAAGCAUUGAAAAGAUGUGGAGCAUCUAGAACUCUCAAAAUCACUAAUGGAAAUGCAAAAUUGUACAGCUGUUUUGGAAAAGUAAGUUUAGUAGUUCGUUAUAAAUUUAAGCACAUACCAUAAGACCCAGCAAACCACACUUAGUUAUUUACCCAAAAGAGAUGAAUCACACACAAUUCUGUGUGAAUUCACACAUAGACCUGUGUGUAAAUAUUUAUAUCAAUUAUAUUCAAAAUGGCCAAAAAGUGGAUAUAACCAAAAUAUGCAUCUACUGGUGAAUAGAUUAAAAAAAUUGUGAUAUAUCAUAUAGAAUGAAAUAUAACUCAGCAAUAAAAUGAAAGCAACUAUUAAUAAACAUAACAAGAUGAAUUUCAAAAACAUUAUGCUAAGUGAAAGAAGCCAAUCACAAAAAUUACAUUUAUAUAAUAUUCUAGAAAAGCCAAAACUGUAGAACAGAAGUCAAAUUGAUGGCUGCCAAGAGCAGGAGAUAGAGGAAGGCAAGUAACUGUAAAAGGACAUGAGAGAUUUGGGGGGCUAUAGAAAUGUUCUCUAUCUUGAUUGUACAACUAUAUACAUUACUCAAAGUUUAUUGAGCUAUAUACAUUGAAGAGGAAUUUUUCUACAUCAGCUAUAAUACAAUAAAUCUGACUUAAAUAAAAACAAAAAGGGACAUGUGGCUAUAGAGUAAAUUCAACCUAAUCACACUGUUAUUUCAAUAUAAUUGUUUGUACCUGUAGAUAUGUCUAUAUGUAUGAGUAUAGAAAAAGGUCUUAAAUAAUCUAAGCCAAAUUGUGAACUCAAUUAUCUCUAAGGAAUGGGAAACUGGGAAUGAUUUUAUUUUUUAUACUUCUGUAUUAGUUAAAUUUUUUUCACAUGUAAGACUGUAUGUGCUGUGGGUAUUCAUUUUAACAAUAAAAAAUAUUAAAGACAAAGAAGAUUCUUC